AUGCAACUGUCUGGAAUAAAAGAAGCUCAACUUCGUUGGUUUAGAAGCUCAUUUGGUCUCACAAUGGUAAUGAUCAUGACGAUCUGUGAUCCAGAUCUUUUACAGCCGCAAGCUCACAUCAGCUUUAAUGUUUAUCACAGGGAAAAAAUCGAUGUUCUAUCCGACGACGAAGCACUCGGUUGUCAAGGAUACAAAAUUUUCAUUCAGGAAAGACGCAGAUGUAAGGAAAUUCAUUCGAGAAUUGAGCAAACUUCUCCCCUUCAAUUUUGGAGCGUAAGCAAGGAAAAAUGGUGA